AUGUCGUUCACCCAACCCAAAUCGAUGCAAGCGCAGUAUUUGGAAGCGUAUAAAGAACCGUACAGGCUGAGAUCAGUUCCAAUUCCCGCGCCAUCUGAGCCUCAUGAUAUCCUCAUUCGGGUAGACGCCGCUUCGUAUUGCCAUACCGACUACGUUCUGGCAGAAGGACAGAUGCCCGGACUGCCGAAGUCGUUCCCACACAUCGGGUGCCACGAGUUCGCCGGAACGGUAGUGUCACAUUUCAGAACACCUAGCAAAGAGGCUAGCGCAUUUGAGAUUGGUGCAAGAGUUGGAGUACCAGGUCGAGCAUUCCAUGCUUGCGGCGACUGUUUCGAAUGUAGGAACGAACGCGUGGAUGAUCCAGUCGCCAUGGAUGAAGGGGGCUACUCGGUGAACUGCGUCAGGGCGGAGAACAAUGGACUGAGUAAAGAUGGAGGGUUCGCGGAGUACGCUGUAGUGGAUGCAAGGCAGUUAGCACCAAUACCAGACAGUCUAACAGCAGUGGAGACUGCGCCCCUUAUGUGCGCUGGCGUCACCAUUUACGGAGCGCUCAAGAAGUGCAGGCUUAAGCAAGGCGGGAGAGUCGGCAUACUAGGAGCUGGUGGCGGCCUUGGACAUCUGGGCUUACAAUAUGGCGUUAAAAUGGGUUACAAAGUCCUGGGUGUGGAGGCAGCAGAUAAGCCCCUAAAGCUUGCACAAAAAAUCGCCUCGAGACUGGACCCCCAACCAUAUAUCGUAGACGCCCGAAACAAGAAGGCAGCCGAAGUCGUUCAGGAUUUUGGGGCACAAGACGGCAAGAAGACUGUUGGUGAAAUGGGACUAGACGCGGUGAUCGUGUUGCCCGAGAGUCAGGCCGCCUUUGACUAUGGUAUGGCUCUGUUGAAGUCGCAUGGAACGUGUGUUGUGGUGUCCUUCCCAGAGAAAGGCUUCCAUAUCAACUCGCGAGAUAUUGUAUUUCGAGAUAUCAGGAUUAUCGGUAGCCUAGUGGGGAGCAACAAAGUGCUUCGUGAGAUGCUCGAGUUCUCCGCAGAACACAGUGUUCGCGCCUUGUCGAGUUCGUUUCCCCUGGCGAAAUUGAACGAGCUUGUAGAUGAAUAUCACGAGGCUCGAGGUGGAAAGCUAGUUGUCGACAUGUCUCUGGGAGUGUAG